CCUAGCCCUAUGUUUGAACUUGUCAAUUUUUAGCAGUCACUCCUAGCUCUUCUAUAAUCUUCACCCAAUUGCCCUAAUUUCGAUCCCACCUCUCUAAUCCCAGAAUGCCCCGCACCCUCUACCUCGUAACCUAUCCCGGCGGCUUCUCCAACAUCAGCCACGGCAAAGUGCCCGCUCACUGGGCUCUCUUCAUACCCUCUCUCACUAAUUCACGAAUCGGAAAGACCUUCGACGCAGUUGGGACUCCCUUUUCUGGGUACGGCCUGCGCUUCCGGCGAAACUACAAUCUGGAUGACGAACCUAGAAAGUUCGAACUAGUGCCCAUCGUGGAUGUGGAAGAUAAUUUAGUAGUAGACACGCCGGGAGAUGGGAUGAUGAGUGAGGAUGUAGAGCCGAAGGAUAGACUAGAGAUGGAAGCGAAGAGGGUAGAUCCUCCAGGGUGCAGUCCGAGGCCGUUGGAUCCUUUUGGAGGUCGGAAUUGCCAGUCGUGGCUACAUGACUACAUUACAUGGCUUGUUGAUAGGAACCUGGCCAACAAGUCUGCACUGGAGGCACUUGCCAACGCUCCGAAGCUUUGAAAGGAUAUGAAUUGGUCUUCAGUCAUAUUGUCUUUUCUUUAGUCAUGCUUGAGCAUGGCGAGUGAU